UUUCACUUCCAGUGUGUCCAUUCUGAGGUCUCGCGGGAAAUCACAUAGAUAGCAGAGUAGACCUAUCAAUCAAUCAAUGACCACUGCACGGUAAAAACUUGAAAGGCACGGUAAAAACGCAAAAGGGAGGGGCUUCGGACACUGCGAGGGACAGAGACACACAGAGGAAGGGAGUGAGGGAGGGAUGCAUCAAAACGUGUGCCAACCAAAUGGACAGGCAGGCAGGCAGGCAGGCAGAUCGAUAGAUAGUGUGCCGGGCAUCGAGCAGCCCCAGACACAAUGAAUGCACCAAACCACCGUGCCAUCCAUGCAUUUGGCGCCCGCACACAACACCAGAAAGUAAGCGCCAGUGGCUGGCUGACUGACCCGUGCUCCACUGACCCAACGACGACACCAUACAAGCCUUCGCCGCCUCUCUCCUCCCGUCAGUCCGUCCGCCCCCUCACACACACUCAUGAUCCCCUCCCUCGCCCGCCUCUCCCACCCCUGCCGCGCGCAGACUGGCCAGACGUCGGAGGCGCAGCGGCGCUGUCCUCCGCAAUGGUCUGGUCCUCCGCAAUGGUCUGCUCCUCCGCGUGCCACCGCCCUCCCGGCUCGCCCACCAUCCUGCUGCUGAUGAACUGUCUGAGCGCUGCACCCCACAGACAGACAGACAGACAGAUAGACAGAUAGACACGUGUAUGUGUGUGUGUUCUGGGGUUGGAGGGCGGGCUCGGGGAGGGGCUCCCCUCUUUGCGUACCGGCGAAGCUUUGCCGGUCAUUUUGCCCCCAAUCCGCCGCGAUCUUGUGUGGGCCAAAUGCGUCGCAGCCGAUUACCGUCACUUUGAAGGGGGUCAGGUUGAUGGUGCCGUGGGAAGCCUUGGUGCCAUCGGGGAGCGUGAAUUCUUUGGUGAGGGCCAGCUGGAUGGACCCCACGUCAAACGACAUGACCGACUCCAGCGCAGGGACGAAGGUCUCGUACAUGGCUGUCUUGAAUUUGCUGGCCAGCGGCGGGAUCUCCUCACAGAGCGCCGCGAUCCUGCCCUGAGAAACCCAGCCAUCCCCGACCUCGGCCACGACCGCACCCAGCCAUUGCGCCCCGCUGAUCUCCUCCCCGCCGAGUGUACGGCAGGGGAAAAUCGCUGAGUGCCGGAUGUCGUUGCGCUCGCUGAGGGCAAACGGCGCCGACGGCAGGUAUUCGUCGAGUGCCGUCUCGAGGGCGGUGUGAGCGGCCUGGCAGUCCCAAGCGGCGGUGGUGAUGGUGCUGAGCUGGGUGGGGCUCUGGCAGAAGAGCCCGAUGCCGUGGUGUGCCGCCUCGAGCCGCUCAGCCAAGAGCUGCAGGAAGCAGUAUGGCAGCGGCGCCAGGUAAGGAGGGCAGAUGUCGUCGUCAUAGAGGCUGUACAGGGGUUCGAGCGCAGCGGUGUCGUUAAUCGUGACGAGGUGGAGGUCGCCGAGAUUGGUCAUGGCCAGGUGCGCCUGGAUGCGCUUGAGAAGGGUGAGAGUGUUAAGGUCGUACAGAGCGAUCGCCUGAAUCGCUGGAUGAAUGUGACCACACACACACACACACGCGCAAGCAGACAGACAGACAUACAUGUACCAGGGCAGCUCCAGCGGAUUUCUGACAUUGCUUACUGGGGGCCAUGAGCUUCCAGAUUCUGUACGUGGGUACAUCCACAGAGAAGAUCCUCGACCCAGGCGUGCCCUGACGGGCAGAGGCCUGUCGCCACUCCCUCACUGAGGCGCCCAGAUCGCCCUGCACACAGGACGACAACACACACGCACGCACUUGGCGCACUCCUUGCUCUUGCUGGUGGGCUGACUGGUGAUGUGUGGUCUUUCUUGCCCAACGCACCUGCUGCUGCUGCUGCUGCUCCUGUCCGCUGCUCUGCAGUGUGGUCUCGGUGCUUGUUGUGUCCUCCCAGGCCUGAGAAAGACAGGCAAUAGGAACUGUGUCUGUGUGUCUGUGUGCCUGUGUGUCUGUGUGUCUGUGUUUAUGCGUGUGUGGCUGACCUGGGCUGCCGAUGCAUGGCUAUCGGGCGGCAGAAACACGGCUGCAGCGCCCUCCGAGGCCUGCACCCAGCACAUGCAGGACACAAGAGCCAUGAGAGAAGCAGCGGCCUGCAGGUGCCUUUUUGUACACAGACAGGGACGCAUUGGCAAAUCAUUCACGCACGUACCGAUGGAGCGGCACCCGCACCUGCUUCCUCAACCACACCCCCGCCACUCGACUGAACACGCACACCAACACCGCAGCCACAUGGCAAUCAAUGACAAACACAUUGAUGUACACCGUACCCUUCUCUUGCCUGUGUUUGGCGGCGGGUCCGCAGGUGGGCGCGGACACCCCUGUAGAUGUUGGCGAGGACGAGAUCGACGGCGUUUUUGAUGGGGCCGACUGGCUUGAUGUACUUGAGCAGAGGUCCCUCUCUGUCGUCAGUGCCGCAGAGUAAGUACACCAGCAGGUCGAAGACCCGCUCUCCGACCGGGUUGCCACUGGCAUCGCACAGCAUGCCGGCAUUGGCUGGCAGGCACGCAUUCUCGAAGCGGGUGCCGUAUGUCGAUCGGAGACGACACAAGAACAGGCGGUCGCCGCUGACAAAGACAACACAACACACGACGAAAGAAUGGCAUUGUGUGGGAGGCGAGCACAAUGCAGUCCAUUAUGCACUCACUCACUCACCUUGCCCCAUUUGUCAUCAUGCUGUGCAGCGGGGCGGCCCCUAGUCGCCGCAUCUCGUAUAUCAUGUCUGUCAGCUUGACACACAGCUCGGCCUCUGGGACGCGUUGCGUGUCGAGGUCGACAGUGAUGGGGACGGUGCUGAUGGUCUUGAGGGUCUGGUCGUCCACACUCCCGUAAUCCGCGACGCCAAUCACCAUGCCAACCACCACACCGCUCGACUGGAACUCGCUCCGAAUCCUGUGGAAAAGGGCUUUGCCCUCUGCUGUCGUCGUGCUGACCUUGAUGCAACGUACAUUGUGCUGCUUCACCGCACUCUUGGCGUGCGCCACCAAAACAUCCUGACAAACAGACAGACAGACAGUGCAAACAGAACGUGAAUAAGUGAGUGAGUGUGUAGGUGUCCGUGUGUGGUUAUACCAGGGUCUGCUUGAUCUCAUCCUGUGUUGGGUUGAGGUCCGACAGAAUCUUGGCCUUGCCCUGAGGAACAAAGAAGCAGGGCCAUCAUGACGUCAAGUGACUGGCACCUCCUCCGUUUCUUUCUUACCGCGUCGACGGCGGCAGAGGUCUUUGAACGGACAUGGCAAACAUACGCCUUCUUCAAGGCCUGCAAGACACCACACCAUGACCGUUCGUCCUCCGUCUCAUGGACAGAGGCAUCCGCCCACCCACACGUACGUUUUCGGGAUACAUGAGGAUAAUGAAUUCGGUUGGCACGACCGGGGGACGAUCCGCACCCCACCGCACGCUCUGCACAUUCUUGAUGACCUCCCCGAGCUGUGUGGCAUCCGUGGCAUCCUCGUACUUGAUGAUGCAGCCAAUUUCGGGCUCAGGUUUGCUCGCCGCGCGGAAGCGUGUGUUGAACUCGUGCACGAUGUGCUUGAGCACCAUCGGGGUGAAGUCGUCCCCCCAUGCGGGGGGGGGCACGUAAAUAAGGGAGAGCUUGAUGGCCGGUGAGAUGGGGUGCGACGAGAGGAAGCCCACCAGCCCUGAACCCGCGGGAGCUGGGCUUGCCGGCUGCUGAUCCGCCACGGUCAGAAAGUCGAAGAAGGUGACGAUCUGUGCAUAUACGCCCACACAUCAGUAUGCAUGCAGUGCGCUGUCGGUGAUGUGUGGUCUUUCUUGCCCAACGCACCUGCUGCUCCUGCUGUUGCUGCUGCUCCUGUCCGCUGCUCUGCAGUGUGGUCUCGGUGCUUGUUGUGUCCUCCCCCGCCUGAGAAAGACAGGCAAUAGGAACUGUGUCUGUGUGUCUGUGUGCCUGUGUGUCUGUGUGCCUGUGUGUCUGUGUGUCUGUCUUUAUGCGUGUGUGGCUGACCUGGGCUGCCGAUGCAUGGCUAUCGGGCGGCAGAAACACGGCUGCAUCGCCCUCCGAGGCCUGCACCCAGCACAUGCAGGACACAGGAACCAUGAGAGAAGCAGCGGCCUGCAGGUGCCUUGUGAAAGGGACGCAUUGGCCAAUCAUUCACGCACGUACCGAUGGAGCGGAACCCGCACCUGCGCCCUCAACCACACCCCCGCCACUCGACUGAACACGCACACCAACACACACAGAUAUUGAAGUCGUCCUGUUUGCGUGUUGUGCUGCGUGUCGCUCACCAU